AUGGCGCAUCUUGUCCUUAAAAUUGCUAAUUUAAUAGCAUUCUUUUUUCUUUUGGGUGUUAAUGUCUAUUCUGUUCUCGCUCCAGUUAAAGAUGCUCCUUUAGCCCACAUCACAUAUAUUUCUCCUGCUUAUUUCACUUUUUAUGUCUGGUUUCUUAUUCAUCUUUUGUUAACAGGAUUUGUUAUUUAUCAGUUCUGUAUAAGUGAAGAAGAAAUUAUUAGAGCCAUUAACUGGCAUUUUGUUGGUGUUGCCUUGCUAAAUACCUUAUGGCUUGCUUUAUGGGACGACGAUACACUUUUCCUAGCAUGGAUCGUAGUCCUUAUAUUAGCAUGUCAAGUAACUUACAUUUAUCGCGAAGUACAUUUUGGUUUUGAAUAUGACAAUGUCUUCACCUGGAAGUACUUUUUCAUCCACUUGCCAUUCACUUUAUACCAUGCAUGGAUUGUUGUAGUAGUAGUUCUUACAACCUUUGCCGCUCUCACACCCGAAAAAACUUACUAUGAAGUUACAAGGGAUGACACGACAACUAGUGUUCCUGAUAGCCCAAACAUAAUUGUACAACUUGUCGUUAUUAUAGGAUUACUCUUUCUUGAAAUGACUUCCGUUACUUACAUUGAAUACAAAAGAGAUUACGCGGGUGGAGCAGAUUCAGUGAUUCAUUGGAGUGCACUUAUACUCGCUAUCAUAGCCACCAUUUAUCUUUUUAAACCUUGGGUCGUGGAAAUUUUUGGUGGUGGGAAAAAAGAACGGCAAACGGCGGAUAUAAAUACGAUUUAUCAAUAUUACCACUUAAUUUUAGACUGGUGA